ACUCGCUACGAAGCGGUUGUGGUGUUUGCGAGUGCUCUGUACGCGUGUGAUUAGUGCUUGCCUGUGUGGCCUGAGAUAUCGCUCUGCCAGAUUAUCGAAGAUCUGUGUGCCCUGGUAGGCGUCAGUGAGGAAAAUCCCUUUGGAAACCUCCCCCACCCUCUACAACAGUGUCGCAGUGUCGCCCGAGUGUGUGUCGGUGUGCCACGUUUUGGAAGCGGUAUUGUUCUGUGCGGUGUGUAUUGGUACGGCCAGAAAUUGGCAACCAUUUGUUGUGCUGUGAGUGAAACCUCUAACAUUGACGGUGAAAGUUGUUGCAAAGUGUAAAAGUUACAGCGCAACUUACCGAAAUCCAUUCGGCUGUAUCGAAUUCGGCGUGGCGCACGGUGGCUUUGUGUGUGCGUUGGUGUGUAUUGCGCGAGUUAAGUUUACGCUCUGCGGAAUUUGUAGUUUGUCGGUGAACAAAACUAUAAUCGGUGCGUGUAGUUAAGGUGUAUCCCGUGUCCCGUGUAUUCUGCAUUAACCUGCGACGAAGCAGCACGGUUUGAGUUGCAAGUUGCUGUAGAUGAGCAACGCUAGUGGAUAGUUCUAGUGGAUCAUAGGAAAAACUUAGCGCUCUCCGCCCGUGCCGAUGGAGAUCCGAGGGCUGCUGAUGGGUAGACUACGGUUAGGACGGCGGAUGGUUCCGCUGGGUCUGCUCGGCGUGACCGCGCUGCUACUAAUCCUGCCACCCUCCGCGCUGGUGCAGGGCCGGCACCACGAGCUCAACAAUGGUGCCGCCAUCGGAUCGCAUCAGCUGUCGGCUGCCGCCGGUGUUGGCCUUUCCUCCCAGUCCGCCCAGUCCGGAUCGCUCGCAUCCGGUGUGAUGUCAUCCGUUCCUGCUGCCGGAGCGUCAUCCUCCUCCUCGUCGUCGCUGCUGUCAUCGUCAGCCGAGGACGACGUGGCGCGCAUUACUCUCAGCAAGGACGCAGACGCAUUUUUUACACCAUAUAUAGGUCACGGUGAGUCCGUACGAAUUAUAGAUGCCGAGUUGGGCACGCUCGAGCAUGUCCACAGUGGAGCAACGCCGCGGCGACGCGGUCUGACGAGGCGCGAGUCCAACUCGGACGCGAACGACAAUGAUCCGCUGGUGGUCAACACGGAUAAGGGGCGCAUCCGCGGCAUUACGGUCGAUGCGCCCAGCGGCAAGAAGGUGGACGUGUGGCUCGGCAUUCCCUACGCCCAGCCGCCGGUCGGGCCGCUACGGUUCCGUCAUCCGCGGCCGGCCGAAAAGUGGACCGGCGUGCUGAACACGACCACACCGCCCAACAGCUGCGUGCAGAUCGUGGACACCGUGUUCGGCGACUUCCCGGGCGCGACCAUGUGGAACCCGAACACGCCCCUCUCCGAGGACUGUCUGUACAUUAACGUGGUGGCACCGCGGCCCCGGCCCAAGAAUGCGGCCGUCAUGCUGUGGAUCUUCGGCGGCGGCUUCUACUCCGGCACCGCCACCCUGGACGUGUACGACCACCGGGCGCUUGCGUCGGAGGAGAACGUGAUCGUGGUGUCGCUGCAGUACCGCGUGGCCAGUCUGGGCUUCCUGUUUCUCGGCACCCCGGAAGCGCCGGGCAAUGCGGGACUGUUCGAUCAGAACCUUGCGCUACGCUGGGUGCGGGACAACAUUCACCGGUUCGGUGGUGAUCCGUCGCGUGUGACACUGUUCGGCGAGAGUGCCGGCGCCGUCUCGGUGUCGCUGCAUCUGCUGUCCGCCCUUUCCCGCGAUCUGUUCCAGCGGGCCAUCCUGCAGAGCGGCUCGCCGACGGCACCGUGGGCAUUGGUAUCGCGCGAGGAAGCCACGCUAAGAGCACUGCGGUUGGCCGAGGCGGUCGGCUGCCCGCACGAACCGAGCAAGCUGAGCGAUGCGGUCGAGUGCCUGCGCGGCAAGGAUCCGCACGUGCUGGUCAACAACGAGUGGGGCACGCUCGGCAUUUGCGAGUUCCCGUUCGUGCCGGUGGUCGACGGUGCGUUCCUGGACGAGACGCCGCAGCGUUCGCUCGCCAGCGGGCGCUUCAAGAAGACGGAGAUCCUCACCGGCAGCAACACGGAGGAGGGCUACUACUUCAUCAUCUACUACCUGACCGAGCUGCUGCGCAAGGAGGAGGGCGUGACCGUGACGCGCGAGGAGUUCCUGCAGGCGGUGCGCGAGCUCAACCCGUACGUGAACGGGGCGGCCCGGCAGGCGAUCGUGUUCGAGUACACCGACUGGACCGAGCCGGACAACCCGAACAGCAACCGGGACGCGCUGGACAAGAUGGUGGGCGACUAUCACUUCACCUGCAACGUGAACGAGUUCGCGCAGCGGUACGCCGAGGAGGGCAACAACGUCUACAUGUAUCUGUACACGCACCGCAGCAAAGGCAACCCGUGGCCGCGCUGGACGGGCGUGAUGCACGGCGACGAGAUCAACUACGUGUUCGGCGAACCGCUCAACCCCACCCUCGGCUACACCGAGGACGAGAAAGACUUUAGCCGGAAGAUCAUGCGAUACUGGUCCAACUUUGCCAAAACCGGCAAUCCAAAUCCCAACACGGCCAGCAGCGAAUUCCCCGAGUGGCCCAAGCACACCGCCCACGGACGGCACUAUCUGGAGCUGGGCCUCAACACGUCCUUCGUCGGUCGGGGCCCACGGUUGAGGCAGUGUGCCUUCUGGAAGAAGUACCUUCCCCAGCUAGUUGCAGCUACCUCGAACCUACCAGGGCCAGCACCGCCCAGUGAACCGUGCGAAAGCAGCGCAUUUUUUUACCGACCUGAUCUGAUCGUGCUGCUGGUGUCGCUGCUUACGGCGACCGUCAGAUUCAUACAAUAAUUACUACCCCAUCCAUGGCCUAGUUCGUUUAAGCUUUAAGAUAGUGAGGAACAAAUUUUUCCUAACCAAUUUCCCCCCCUUUAUAGCAGAACCGAGGGAGAGAUAGGACUACAUAGCGAAAAGGGAAAAAAAGUGGUGGCGGGCGAGGAGAGAAGAAGCAAAUCGAAUAAUCGAAGCAACAACAACAACAAAAAAACUGCAACCGGGUUCACUAAACCCAGGGGGCAGCUCAGUAGCAAACUACUACUUAAAUAACUACUUUCUUAUGGCAAAUUAUGGCAAGAGCAGUCGUGAUGGGUUCGAUCAGUAUCCAUAUGACCGGAGCAGCUGAACCGUUUCAUGGGCAGUUGCUGGAAUACACCACGACCCAGUACACACAGUAACACACUUCUUAUAGCUUUACACUAACAACCACUACCCCCGGUCCCCUCUUCCCCUUCCCCUCCACACAGACAGCAGCGCCGUUUGUAGCAGGAUCUACUACCGUGCGGUUUGGUAUGGCGGCCAAUCAACACUAAACACCACACAUCUACUAAAACACACCGGAACAAUAAACAAAUGUUAAACUUACUAUAUGAAUAUACAUCUAGACGCAUAUAUACGCAUGAACUACUACUUCCCUCGUGUUCUGACAAAACACAUUACCUUGUCCCCCCUCCCCCUCCGGUUUGCUUACCACCACUGCACCACCAGUAUGAAUUUGUUCCAUAAUAACGCUUCGUAACUCGUUACCAGGAGCACAACUGGGUCGUUGGCGGAGUGCUGCGCGUUACGUGCUGAAGAUAUAAACUAGCACCGCGCACACUUUCGACACGCAACCACAGCUACACAUCACAAAAGCAACAUCCUGGCCCUAUCCGUUUUCUCAUUCUUAAAACUUCUUUCCUUAGACCAACACCAACGCAAACUAGCAAAAGGUACUAGAGUAACCGGUGCAGUACACGCUGUGCUACAAUUGAGCGUAGGGAGGCGGUAUUAUUUCUGCAAAAGGUAUAAAACAAAACUAAAACAAACUAAUUACUUGCAAUCCAUUCUAAAGCUCGAAAACUCCUCAAAAUAAGAACGGGAAGUAAACAAAAAAAUCAGAACGAACAAAUUUACCAAAAAAAAAAAACAAAAACAAAACAAUAAAGCCUACUAACCUUACUAAUCCCAUUGGAUUGUCGCGAACCCGUUGGAGCAAAAGCGUAAGAUAAAGAUAAGGAAGUUAAAAGCAAAACUGAAAUCAAAAACACACACACACACACACACACAAACUACACAAAUACACCUAAGCCAAACACCUGCAACAACAGCAAGAACAACAAGGAGAAACCCACAAAUACUAUCAACAAUCAAUUAGAUGUAACUAAAGAAACUAGAAGAAAGAGAGCAAAAGAAAACAUUUAGGCCGAGGCCGAGGUGCAAAAGGAAAAUUGCCAAGCACACAAAAACAAACAAAAAACAGAUUAGGUUACAAAAGAAAACAGAAACUGUCGAGCAAUGCGUCGCGCGAGUACAUUUUCUACUUUCACGUUCUUCACACCGCUGAUGGAAUCAAACAAAUGAACGGAACGCGGGAAGGGAAUAGACAACAACACAUCACCGGAAAUAUCCGGGCCCGGUGGUGGAUGAAAGUUUAGAGUUUAGCCCUUUAGUCGAGGCUCUCUACACUGCUGCAGCAGGAGAGCAAGUUUUCAAACAUACAUUUUCCCUGCUGCAAGGCUGGAAGGCCUGUUGUAGCAGAGUCGUCUGUCUAUAAUAGACCGGGGACACGUGCGGGGGUGUCCUGAGCAUUGCACAUGGCCACACAAAACAUACAAAAGUAAAGCCCCGCGCUAGUAAGGCAGAGUCAUAGUUAUAGUGUUUAAAUUCCAAGUUAAAUAUAGAUACCAAACCUAGCGAGACACGGUGACGAAAAGGGCAAAAGAAAGCAACCGAAAGCGGCGAGUCGAACGGGGAAUGAGUUAUAAAAUAAAACUUGCAAAAAAAAAAUAAAACCGAAAACAUAUCAUACCUUGUAAUGCUGUUGCAAUCUAAUGAUAAAAAUCGAAUAGUUUUAAGCUACGCUGGAAUGGAAACACGGGCACAGAGAAACGGUGGCAAGGCACACGCACGCAGAUUGGCUUGUGGUCCGGUGGCGCGGACAUUCAGGCCCUGGCCAAACUAAAUCACAAACAGUAAAAAGUAUAACAGCUAGAAUCACCCAAGUGAGGUUAAGGCAAAAAGACGAGUACGAAACUUCAGACACUUUUUUUCAAAAAUUCACACACACAGCAGUAUGGGCAGUAUCACUUGCACCGAACAACUUAAAGACGUGAAAUUCGAAACGACGACGGUGAAAGAGAACAAGUAAAACAACAAAAAAUUAACAAAAAAAAACCCUCGUUUUACACAUACACUCACAAUUGCUCUGGAAAAUGAUACUAGGACUUCACUUUGCAACAGAAAAAAGGACAGGAAAAUCAACUCCAUUUGGCCAACAGCGCACCCUUAACGCCAGCUAACCAGGUCGCAACACGCAAGCCUCCUCCAUCUAAAAACCACGCGCAAGUGCAGACAGACAUAACGAAAGCCCGAAAUGUAGCCCAGACCGGGAAGGGUUUAAUAAAACUCGCCACACUUUGGGUUGGGUUGGCCACCCAGAUGUGCAACACACACAAACAAUCGACUGUCGACUGUGGCAAGCUAAUCAAACUAUUUCAAACACGACUGUGCUUUUCGAGGGGCGGGAGAUUCUGCGAAGGACUGCGUUUAGAUGUACGAUUUUCUUUGCAACAAUUGCACACGAGGACACUUUUCCGUAGCAGCAAAAGAGCUGAUUUGGCGAAUGGAUGCCGUAGGAAAGUGCGGUGGUGCGGUGAAAAGCAUGUUCAGCCUCUAGCGGGUUUCCAACCCUCAAAAAUGCAUUGUGCGUGUUGUUGCUGUAGCGGCCUGUAGCGCGCCAAUUGAUGUGAAUACAAUGAUACACACACACAAAACGGCACCGUUACCGCUGUUCAAUUAUGUAGUCUUAUAUAUAAUAUGUAUACAUAUAGCCAUAUAUAUAUAUAUACAAAAUAUAUAAGCAUGAAAUGGUUGGGGGCAUAGCGAUGCUAAGGAGGUCAAAGAGCAAGAAGAGAGUAGCGGCGAAUCAGCAGACGCCACCACAGACAACAAUUAUUAUAGGAAAGUAAAACGGUACAUAAAACAACAAAAACCACUAAACAAAAAAAAAAGAAACAAACGCUCUUAACGCGCAUUAUUGUGAUGAUUUCCUUGAAGGUAACUGUUUGAAACAGUUGUUUCUGUGCAACUGUGUGCAGCAAACAACGAUCGACAUGUAGGAAAGAUACUUAGAGAACAUACUACUACUACUACUACUACUACUACUACUACUGCACACGAGCGCAUCUUGCACACCUACACGCGACACGCACAUUGACACACACACACACACGCAGACAGACACCCUUCCCUGAUGCAUAAUAUGUACAAGUACUCCACAAAGCGUGCACAAAGCGCUGCAGGACAGGAACAGAAUCAGCAGCAUGCCACAGAGCAGCGGCCAGACCUGAAAUGAGGAUGGCCCUGCCCCUGACACGCACCCGACGCUCAUCGUGAUCGUGAUCAUCUCUCUCUUUCUCUCUAGUCUAAUCGCGUAAGUAUCGUGAGUGCUUCACGUAAAUAUUCGUAGUCCCAAGCAGUGAACAGUGGCCAGCAGUCCCCAACAAGCUAGACUAAGUUAUCCCUCAUUCUGUUGUUCUGCUUUGAUGCACACAUCAGCACACCUGUAAAGCUGUUGCUGAGUAGCAUCGUUAAGUGCAUUUUGUUUGGAAGUUUGAUUAAUUAGCGAGUAGCUCAGAAUAGCAUUGCGUUUGCCUGGUUUGAGUUUCCGCCAAACACUCGUUUCUCGAUGCACUCGAUGAGUAAAACUUCCUUCCCCCCCCCCCUGGCCAAUGAUUCGCGUUGAAAAUGGACCAAUUUUCAAAUGAAGAAAAAUAUAAAAAGAAGACGAAAAUAAUAUAAAUAGACACGUAUAAUAAAUGGGCAGAUAGUGCGCGCACAAACACAAACACACACAUCGAGGACAAUGCCCAACUCUGUCUCUAGCAAAGCGGUUGAUAGUACACCACCAUAAUACCACAUAAUACUCCCCCCCUCACAUAUGCUCGUAUGUGCGUCGAAGUUAGGAAAGCCAACUGCACACACACAAGCGCAAUACUGCUGACAGGACCUUCAGUGAAUCCUGAAUCAUGUCGGGACAGUUUUAGACAGUGUAAGUGAGAUCGAUUUCUGUUCGAGUGUAGCAGUAGCGAGUGGCAGCGCGUUGAGCUAAUGAGCGCACUGCGCAAUGUGGGCCUGUGGGUAAGCCAACAAGAACGGUUCUCGUGGGUUUGGAACUGAUAGAAUUGUUCUGUGUGUUCCUCCAGGGGAGCAGAAGAUAUGGCAUUACUCGCGUAUAGUUUGCUUCUUCCCCUAUUGAAGCUUUAUUGAUACGAUUUAUUUAUUUGAGACAUUGCCUGCCUUUAAAGCUAAACAAGCAAGAGGUAUCCAAAUCAACCAAACUCAGAGCCAAACCCAUGGGAGAGAUUGUUUGUGUGAAACAUAGCAUCAAGAGCAAGCUAAACCAAGAAACGGUCAGGAGUGAACGGACGGAUAAAAAUAAUAUUCAUAAUACAUAUCAUUUAAGCUUAGACUUUAUGACCGGUUUUAUGAAAAGGUAUAUUUUUUAUUGUGAGAUCCACAUUGGUGGUGGAGCGGUGUAAAAUGGCAGUUGGCCGGUUGUGUGAUGGCCGAAUAAAUCCAACUCACAGCAACUGGAAACAGCAAACAUGCAAAACCCCCAGUAGCGCAAAUACUAUCGAUGGCAUUAAUAACCGUAAGGAGUAGUAAUACCGGGCGUAGCAACGUGGUAGGAACUGCAAUUACACACAUGAUAUUAGCGAGCACCCUGCGGCCAUCUGGCGGUUUAGAGUAUGUAUCCACUGUAUCUUCUUCAUCCCCCCCAGGCUUGCCAAGAACACACCGAGAAUUGGUCGUCCGUUAGUAAUCAAGCUUAGUGUGUUUUCAAGCAUACCGCGUUCGUUUUUGCUCCGUUUCGUGUGCUAGCCGUUCACCGUUAAUGAGUAGUAGCAAAUCAGCAAAUCGGGCUUUGCAGAAGCGGACAGUCAGUCAGUGUAGCAGCUGAAGAUAGAAAGAGGGUAAGCUGAUCGCUGACGUUUUUAGUGUAAGCAUUAGGAGCGUGCCACAUCCUCGAGCCAACGAGCGCUCCUCUGCUCACGUUGAUACGUGUUGGAUAAGAGCGACGGGGAGGGAUAGCAUUUGUUUUUUCAAACAUUAUCAAUCAUUAGGAAGCAAAACCCAAGAUAAGCUAAACGGACAGACAGACAGACAGCGUAGCAGUAGGGGUAUUUAGUAAGCAUGUUCCAAAUUUGACUAAGUGAUAGUAUAAUUAUGAAUUUCGCGUACUAAACAGAAAAGCACACAGCCUAACGUUCAUCGGUGACAAGCUCAACGAAACUAGAGGCAACAAUUGACGAUCCCAGACACUCAGCACACGCCAGCACACGCUAUUUGCUUGUUGCUCCUGGAGGAAAAUGGAAAACACAACCGUGCGCCAAGAUCUGCUGCAAAAUGCAUCCAAACACAUCUGUGGUUGCGAUUGCUUCUAGCUCUUGCUCUUGGAGUUCAUCCUUUAAUAACAUUCACAAUUCUUUGACCUUGUGUACUAAGAACGAAAUAUGUACGUGCGGCACACCAUUCUAGGCAUCGCGAUCGCUUGCACUUGCAAUCCUUCACCGCGAAACCCCAGUAUUUGUAGAUCGAACGCUAUGUACGUUGUUGUGUUGGAAGUUAGACCCAGAGCAAACCCAUAGCUAAGUAGUAGGCCUAAAUGACGUACGCUAGGAGCGGCAAACCGACCGAUGCGACGCUGUCCGAUUUUAAACCCCGGCAACGGCUUAGGGCAUUCGGAAGCGUUCCUUCCCGUUACCGAUACGAAACAAUCACAAUUCUUCGUAGCAGCACUUAAUGAGAGAUGUAGUAGCAGUUAAUCAAUAACUAGAUGUGGCGGCGAAAGAGAACAAAUUGAUCCUUUAAGUACACACUCUUUCUAAAUACAACCUAUGUUUGUGCGGGGGUUACGCUGAAUAACGUUCAGAUCCUUUACCUUUAAGCUUCUAUUAGCGAUAUAUUGUAGCGUAAUAAGUGGGUGGCUGAUCUUGAGAUCUGCACCAAGGAAAACAAACAACCAAACAAAUGAAACAAAAAAACAAAACUACAAACUAAAUAUUGCAUUCCACAGAGCAAAGGCUGCGCAAAUGGUCUGGCCUUUCCGCAAGGCUAUGUGCACAAUGCAACACAAGAGAAUAGUACGGGCUACGAUUUUUUCAAUCAAAUCAAAUAGUAACACGCGCGGCAAGACGCAAGGAACGAGAUGGCAGAGCCGGCACUAUGUAAAGCACCAUUUAACGGACUAGAGAAGGCAACUUACCACUAAACCACAGUUAAUCCACAUAUGUAUUGCAUUCAUUUCCAUGCGCGAUUGUACGACACUGCAUUGCUUUUCGAUUCGUUCUAUUACAAACGAGGUCGGCGAUGUGUGUAUGCGUAACAAGAGCAAACCUUGCAACGAAUUCUACAUGUUCAUACUAAGUAACGCUUCACACACCACAACAACUAAGCAAAAGCUGCAGAUAAAUAAGAACAAUAAAACCAAAAUCCAAACCUUUUUAUCUACCUAACUUAAGUUACACUGCGAAACAUAUUGGUCCUUUAAUCUCAACAACAAUACUGCUGCUCGGUGCCACCGCAAACACCGAUACACCACUGUAGAGAUGCAUGGUUAUGGUUUUCUUCCUCGUAUUGCCUACAGCAUGAAUUAAGGGAGCGAAUCUGAUAGCGCAUUAAAUGCGGCACGUACUCUGUUCGAUGGUUAGAUUAAAUACUCAGUACUAGAGCUAGUAGAAAUUGGCCAAUUAUGAAACGUUACAGUAUGCAAGCGGCGGCAGAUUCUGGGGCAGAUAGGGCGGAAGGAGCCACGCGAACAGAAAAGGCGCGCGCGCGAGGAAGAGCUACACAGCUCGCAGGACAACAGAUGAUAAAGUGUCACUAUAGCAUAUAUUUAAAUUUAUUAAUUCAUUAAUUGAAUCCUUCUAAGAAUAUUACUAAUGGAAAGAAAAUGAAUCAACCAACACUAAUUCAAUGCCCUUGAAUACAGCGAGAGGGGGCUUACAACAAUGGAGGUAAACCGAUAGUAAUCAAGAGGAAACGGGGGAAGGGAACGAGCCAAUGCAGGAGAAUAAAGGGAAUGAGAGCAACAACACAAUGAUGAAAAUAUAUGAGAUAUAUAAUGCUUUGUUAAAUGUAAAUGUUGUGUAUAGGAAAUAAAAAGUACACAAUUUUAAAACUUU